UAGUGUAAACGAAGCAAGCUCCUCAUGGAGUGAUGACUUUGCUACAGAAGAUACAAAGUUCCAAGAACAGCAUGACAAAUUUACAAACCGAAUUUUAAAAACAAGAGAUCUGAAAGAUCCUACACAAACUUUGCCAAUUACUGGAGAAUUUAGUGUCCAAGAACAAGGAAUAAUUAUGCAUAACAUAGAAGCAUUAAAAAUACUGAAACUACCCACAGUACAAGCAUGGAAUUCAUAG